UUGAAAUCACUUCAGAGAAGUGCACUCAAACGCGAACAUCGACUGACCCCCUCACACUGUUUUCAUGGUAACCGUGAGUUAUUUCUGUCCCUUUAAUGUUACCCUGUGGACUUAAUGGCAAUGCACAUCAAUAAUUCACCGUCGCUAAGCUAUAAACAAACGCUUUUGCGUUCAGUCAACGGUGAAGCGUGUAGAAUGGAUUAAUUCUUGGUGUUCGGCAGCCCUUGGUACUGUUUCCCUCAGCAAGCGUUAUUAUUAUGCAACGGCUUUAAUCCUUAUUAGGAUUAUACACUCGACACUGCCAUGACAACUAAAACGUGAAACUGGUGUUAUGUCUCAGUUGAUUGAAACAUCGGAAUUACAUCUUUUUAAUAAUGUAUUUAUGAAGACGGGAUGCUGUAGUAGUGGUUCGGUCACAUGGCUGUGUUGGAUCAGUAGUAGCGGCUGACAGCAGCGAGGCUCCUGCUUAAUACACCGAUACCAAAAUAGGAGCGCGACAUUCUCCAGAGGCUGACGCUAAAUACAGGGGCCACAUGUCUGAUCUGUCCCAGCACGAGCCGCACUGUUGGGGAUAAAACCUCUACAGCGAAGAAAGGACGAGCUUUGUCACUCAGUCAUCAUACGGGUCAGUUGCAAUGUCAGGAAAAGCUCAAAGCGGUUACUCCUAUGAGUUCUGCGACGCCUCUCACUCCUCUGAGGUGCUGGAAGCUCUUCAUGAGUUUCACCGCAGUGGUCUGUUCACAGACGUCACCCUGCAGUCUUCAUCCGGAGAGCUGUUCCACUGCCACAAGGCUGUCCUAUCAGCCCGCAGCUCUUAUUUCAGGGUGAUGUUCACCUUAGACAUGAGAGAACGUUUGAACAACACCAUCACCCUGCCUUGCAUAAACGGAGAGAUUCUGGGUGCUUUGGUGAGCUACGUCUACACUUCAAAGAUCAGCAUUACCCAGAACAACGUCCAAAGUCUUCUGGAAGCCGCAGACCUGCUGCAGUUCAACUCGCUCAAGAAAGCCUGCGAGAGCUUCUUGAUUCGUCUGCUGGAUGUUGAUAACUGCCUCGGGAUGCACUCGUUCGCCGAGCUUCACGUGUGCUCGGAUCUCCAGCACGAGGCUUUGAGGCUCAUACGGAGUCGCUUCGAAGAGCUCACACUUCAGGAGGAGUUCCUCGAGGUGGAUUUCCAAAAGCUCAUGGGGAUUUUAGAAACUGAGAACCUUAAUGUGUGGAAAGAAGUGACUUUAUUGGAUGCGGCGGUCAAAUGGGUCGCCCAUGACACGGUUCCUCGAAUAAACCACCUUCAAGAGCUUCUCAAAUGCAUCCAUUUGGAAGUGGAUGAUGCUUGCAUCAAAGCGGCUUUUGAUCUACGCAAAUGUGGCUCUGAAAGCAAACUGCGAUCUCUGAUUCGUACCUCCUUAAAGCCGAGCAAAGGUUUCUUACAGUGCUGCAAAAAACUAACGUGCAGCUUGUAUGUUAUUGGUGGAUAUUACUGGCAUCCGUUGUGUGAAGUCCAAAUGUGGGACCCUGUUUCCAACACAUGGGUUCAGGGGAAAGACAUGCCUGAUUUUGAAAGAGAGAGUUAUAGCGUGGCACUUCAAGGCCCUGAUAUCUAUGUGACCGGAGGAUACAGGACACAGACUGUGGAUGCUUUAGACACCGUGUGGAUUUAUAACACAGAUUCAGAUGAAUGGACAGAGGGACGUCCCAUGAUCACAGCCAGAUACUACCACUGCUCGGUGGCUUUACGUGGAUGCAUAUACGUCAUUGGUGGAUAUACGGCAGGAGCUCCUACUCCAGAAACUGAAUUCUAUGAUCCUUUGAAGAGGAGAUGGUUUCCUGUAGCGGAUAUGAUACAAGGUGUGGGAAAUGCAACCGCUUGUGUGGUGAAUGACAGAGUCUAUGUAACCGGAGGACAUUAUGGGUACAGAGGAACCUGCACUUACGAGAAGAUUCAGACUUACCGGCCAGAUAUCAAUGAGUGGAGCAUCACAACCAUAUGUCCACAUCCUGAGUAUGGCCUCUGCUCGGUCUCCUUGAACAAUAAGCUUUAUCUGGUUGGCGGUCAGACCACCAUCACUGACUGCUACGAUCCCGAAAGAGAUGAAUGGAGACAGAUGUGUGCGAUGAAGGAGAGAAGGAUGGAGUGCGGCUCGGCUGUUAUAAACGGGUGCAUCUAUGUAGCAGGUGGGUAUUCAUACUCUAAAGGGACAUAUCUGCAGAGUAUAGAGAGGUAUGACCCUGAGAUCGAUUGCUGGGAGAUAGUGGGAAACCUCCCGUCAGCUGCACGCUCGCACGGCUGUGUUUGUGUGUUCAGCGUGUGAAAUCACAGAACAGACACUGUCCACUGCGGUCUAAACGUCUGAGACUAUUUUCAUUUAAACAUAGAAAUGAAGUGUUAGAGCAAAGUGAGCAGUAAAGUGAAUAGGCAAUACUUUAGGAACUAAUUCUGGGUUCCUAUCACUUUUCCAUUACAUACUUUUCCAGUAUGGAUUUCUGUGGAUUUUUCCAUAUUGUUCCAAACAUUUCAAUGGAUUUUUGUAUAUUUUUCCAGAACACAUUUAACACCUGAUAAAUGUGUUUAAAAUCCAGCUGUUGACUAUAUUUAAUAUUAUGUUGCCAAAUAAUUGCAGGAAUUGUAGCCACGUACAAACACCAAACCUAAAAGCCCAGUAUUUCAUUCAAACAGGAUUAUGUUUUACAUGCUUUCACUGACUUUAAACAUUUUUUAGCGCUCGUUAAAUUCAUAUUCUAAACUAAAAAAAAUACAAAAUAGUGAUAUCAUCACCAGUCACUGAUUACAUUAUUAAAUGUAAAAAAUAAUACUGCCACCAAUUACAUGAGAAAUGUAUCUGAAAAUAUUAUUCUCUAAAUAAUAGCACAAUAUACUGUCCAGUAUAAUAAUGUUUGUGGUUAUACUGUAAAUUAAAGCAUUACUAUACAUUAUACAUCAUAUUAAAUACAUUGUGCAAUCAUUUGUCAGUAUUCCUCGUUAAAUACUCAAACGCCAUGAAAAUCACUCUGCUACUAAUAGUAUGCAUACUAAUAGUAUGCAAUUAUUUUCCAAUGCUUAUCCAGACCUGGAAUUUACUCAAAUCAAAUUCCAUACUGCAUAAUUCUUACAUGCAAAUGCAAAUUUCUUACAUGGAUCAUGUGACUCUUUGUACUGAUGGUCAGACGUUCGUUCAUUGCAUCUCAAAUCAUGCUGGAGAACACGAUCAUCAUCAGGUUUUGUUCACAUCCAAAAGGGAGAGAAACCAACAAGAAUUCUUCAUUUUCAGUUCAGUUAAUCACUUGAAUUGUUAUCCUGGAAAUCUAAGACUUUUGGACCACAUGGUAUAUAAUUAAGUGAGUGUGAUGUUUAAUAUGGUAUUAUAUUUGUUCAACAUGUGAAGUCACUGAUAAUGUGUGAGACACAGUUUGUCUGUUAUCUCUGCUGGAAGAUAAAGGGCUGUUUCUAAAUAUAAUCAGAAUAGCACCUUUUUGAAGACUAAUAUUGUGCAGCAAAAAAAAAAAAACUAAAAAAAAAACUAAACCGUUCUGGUGUUUUAAAUCAAGAAAUGUAAUUAUUCUUUAGUAUUAUUAAUAUUUAUUUGGAUGAUUUUGUAGUUGUAAUAUAGUUGUGAACCCAGGAUUUUACUAUAAAUAUGUGAUGUGUUUUGUGUAAUUUAUUGUUUUUAGAUAUUGUCAUGU